UACAGAAAAGCAGCUGAUCAUUGUGAUGAGACUAACUGGCAUUGGAAUCUUCUGCUGAUUGAUUGCGAUGGAAUCACUCAUUUGCCGGCUGCUGUUCUUUAUCCUGAUCGUUCAUCAUGUAUCAUCUGCAGAUCAACACACAGUGUUUCGAUCCCGGCAGCGGGCAAAUGUGCUACUGCUGCGCUCCAGACGGGCAAAUGCAUUUCUGCUGGAGGAAAUUCUACAGGGGAAUCUGGAGCGCGAGUGCUUUGAGGAAAGAUGCAAUAAAGAAGAGGCCAGAGAAUACUUUGAGAACGACCAGAAGACAAAUGAUUUCUGGACCAAAUACUAUGAUGGAGAUCAGUGCCAAUCAAACCCAUGAAAACAUGGCGGCACAUGCAGGGAUGGGAUCGGUGGUUACACAUGCACAUGUGCAGAGAUGUACAGUUGGCACCAACUGUCAAACUG